AUGGCAUUUCUCCGCCACAGCCACGAAAACGAAGAGGAGCCAAUCGGCCGUCGGCGCAGCAGCUCUCUCCGCGAUCUCCAAGCUCGAGCAUAUGCCAAAUGGGUUGUAGCCGGCACGGUUAAGAAGAGCAGCCGGCCCAGCGGCUUUGAGGCCGAAAGGACUCGACGACACUUUUGGCAGGAAGAGGCUGCCCGGUUUGGAAUCGUCAUGAGGACAUAA